UCAUCAUAUCACACUUAGCUUACUAUAAACAGAUCGAAAUCGCAACUCACAACCCCACAAAUGGCAUACCCUACUGUCGUGCUCAUCCCACUAUGCGUCCCAGGCCACCUCACAUCCAUGCUCGAAGCCGGCAAGCGGCUGCUCGCCACAAGCCGCUGCCCCAUGUCGCUCACCGUGCUCGUCACGCAGAUGACCAUGUCCGCCAACCUGAUGUCCGACGUCGCCGACAUCAUCCGGCGGGAAGCAGCAGACUCCGCCUUCGACAUCCGCUUCGUCCACCUCCCCGCCGUCGAGCUCCCCACCGCCGCCGACGGCCUCGAGGAUUUCAUGAUGCGCUUCAUACAGCUCCACGACACAUACGUCAAGGAAGCCGUCUCCGGCAUCUCGUCCCCGGUAGCCGCCGUCGUGAUCGACUACUUCUGCACCACCCUGCUGGACGUCACCCGCGAGCUCGCGCUGCCGGUGUACGUCUACUUGACGUCCGGCGCGUCGAUGCUCGCGCUCCUGCUGCGGUUGCCGGCGCUGGAUGAGGAGAUCGCCGGAGAUUUCGAGGCCAUGGGAGAAGCAGCAGCGGUUGAUCUGCCCGGGAUGCCGCCGGUACCGGCUCGUCUCAUGCCAACUCCCAUCAUGACGAAGAAUGCAAACUUCACGUGGCUCGUGUACCACGGCAACCGCUUCAUGGAGGCCGCUGGCAUCAUCGUCAACACGGUGGCCGAGCUGGAGCAGUCCAUCCUUGCAGCCAUCGCCGAUGGCCUCUGCGUGCCCGGACGCCGCGCUCCAACCGUCUACCCGAUCGGCCCCGUCGUCAUGCCUGUCAACAAGCAGCCGGCCGCCGGCGGCGACGGCGAGCAGCUACAGCACGAGUGCGUGAGGUGGCUCGACGCACAGCCACCAGCAUCCGUCGUGCUGCUCUGCUUUGGCAGCAUGGGCGGCAGCUUCCCGUCGCCGCAGGUCCGAGAGAUCGCCGACGCCCUCGAGCACAGCGGCCACCGCUUCCUGUGGGUACUCCGUGGCCCGAUACCCGCCGAUUCCAAGUACCCAACGGAUGCCGACCUCGACGAGCUGCUCCCAGAAGGGUUCUUGGAGAGGACCAAGGGCAGGGGUCUGGUGUGGCCCAAGUGGGCGCCGCAGAAGGACAUCCUCGCCAGCCCUGCCGUCGGCGGCUUCGUGACCCACUGCGGGUGGAACUCGAUCCUCGAGAGCCUGUGGCACGGCGUGCCGCUGGUGCCGUGGCCGCUGUUCGCGGAGCAGCACCUGAACGCGUUCGAGCUCGUGUCCGUGAUGGGCGUCGCCGUGGCCAUGAAAGUGGACAGGAAGCGCGGCAACUUGGUCGAGGCGGCGGAGCUGGAGCGCGUGGUCCGGAGCCUGAUGGGUGGGUCGGAGGAGGAGGGGAGGAAAGCGCGAGAGAAAGCCACGGAGGCCAAGGACCUUUGCCGGAAAGCCGUGGCCGACGGCGGGUCCUCGGCGGCGUCGCUGCAAGAACUUGCGCGUGAGAUUGGAGAGCACAGAGAACACCAAGGAAGAACGGAAGCAACGCCGCCGCUUCCUCAACAAGUUCGCUACGCCGCUGCCACCCUUGGAGCUGCACGCCAUGGGUGACCUCCGAUCCUGAAUGGUCGAUGAUGCAGACCAUGUGGCUCUUGACUGUCACCAGGUUUCAACAUGUCGUCAAUCUAGGUAAUGUUAGUCGAGAGUGGUUCCAGAUAAAAGGGGAGUCGUAGGGUGGUUCUUUAGUAGGAGGCAUUUGGCUGAGAGAGGUGUGUAACCGGCAUUCAGCGUUCAAAGUAAAAUCGGUUCAAGGUCAGUGAACCAGGUACUAGUGUCGCAGUUGUACUCAUCCGGUCCAAGGUCAAUGAACCGAGGCCGCAACAUGUUGUAUCCAUGUUUAAUGAUGAAUGAGAGAACAAUUGCAUCGAU